UGUUGGUCACGUGAUCGUGUUUGCGGAAGUCACCUGAUUUUUGCUUAGAAAUGGCUGCCCAUCUAUCUUACGGAAGAGUUAAUUUAAACAUUUUGAGAGAAGCAGCACGAAAAGAGCUUCGAGAGUUUUUGGACAAAUGUGCGGGAAGUAAGGCCAUAGUUUGGGAUGAAUAUUUGACAGGACCGUUUGGACUGAUUGCACAGUAUUCUUUACUUAAGGAGCAUGAAGUGGAAAAGAUGUUCACCCUUAAAAGCGGCCGGCUCCCCUCUGCUGAUGUCAAAAAUAUCAUCUUCUUUGUCCGUCCCAGAUUGGAGCUGAUGGACAUCAUUGCUGAGAAUGUAUUUAGUGAGGAUAAGAUGCAUUUGCCACGUGACUUCCACAUUCUGUUUGUGCCCCGGCGGAGCAUGCUGUGCGAGCAGCGGCUGAAGGAGCAGGGCGUGCUUGGAUCCUUAAUCAACAUUGACGAGUAUAUUCUUGAUUUGAUUCCCUAUGACGGUGACCUGCUCUCCAUGGAGUAUGAAAGUGCUUUCCGGGAGUGCUACUUGGAAAAUGACCAAACAAGCCUUUACCACACAGCCAAAGGGCUCAUGACCUUACAAGCACUGUAUGGUACCAUACCACAGAUUUAUGGGAAAGGAGAAUGUGCACGGCAUGUAGCCAAUAUGAUGCUGCGGAUGAAGAGGGAGUUUGCUGGCAUUCAGAAUCAGAUCCUGCCUGUGUUCGACACGCUGCUCCUCCUGGACCGUAAUGUUGACCUGCUCACACCUCUGGCCACGCAACUUACCUACGAGGGCCUCAUUGACGAAAUCUACGGAAUCAAUAAUGGUUAUGUCAAGCUACCUCCUGAGAAGUUUUCACAGAAAAAACAAGGUGAGGCGAGUAAAGAUUUACCCACUGAGCCCAAGAAGCUACAGCUAAAUUCGGCAGAGGAAUUAUACGCUGAAAUCCGGGACAAAAAUUUCAACGCUGUUGGAGCAGCACUGAGCAAGAAGGCCAAGAUCAUAUCUGCUGCUUUUGAGGAACGUCAUAAUGCAAAAACAGUGGGCGAAAUAAAGCAGUUUGUGUCUCAGCUGCCUCACAUGCAGGCAGCACGAGGUUCGCUGGCUAAUCACACAUCCAUAGCCGAGCUGAUUAAGGACAUCACCACAUCAGAGGCCUUCUUUGAUAACCUGACAGUGGAGCAGGAGUUUAUGACAGGAGUUGACACAGACAAGGUGAACAUGUACAUAGAAGACUGCAUUGCCCAAAAAGAUCCACUGAUCAAGAUUCUGCGUCUGGUGUGCAUGCAGUCUGUGUGUAACAAUGGCCUCAAACAGAAGGUGUUUGACUUCUACAAAAGGGAGAUUUUGCAGACUUAUGGUUAUGAACACAUACUAACGCUGAACAACCUUGAAAAGGCGGGUCUUUUGAAGUCACAGAUGAGCUCUCGGAAUAACUAUCCCACCAUCAGAAAAACCCUCAAACUGUGGAUGGAGGAUGCUAAUGAACAGAACCCCAAUGACAUCUCCUACGUGUACAGUGGCUAUGCUCCACUUAGCGUCCGGCUGACCCAGGUCUUGGCCAGGCCCGGGUGGCGCAGCAUUGAAGAGGUGCUGAAGAUGCUGCCAGGCCCACACUUUGAGGAGAGGCAGCAGCUGCCGACUGGGCUUAACAAGAAACGCCAGCAGGGGGAGAAUCGAACGACACUGGUGUUCUUUCUCGGCGGGGUAACAUAUGCAGAAAUAGCCGCUCUGCGUUUUCUUUCCCAAAUGGAAGACAGCGGGAUGGAGUACGUUAUUGUCACCACCAAACUCAUGAAUGGCACAAGUUGGAUCAGGUCUCUCAUGGACCACCCUGAAUCCCAGUCACCCUGAGACAUUUAUGUGUGUACAUCAAACAG